GAGACAGGUAAACAGAUAGAUUGGUACUUUAAUCCCAUUGACAAUUCCACCAAUAUACAAUGCGAAUCGCUGAACAGACGUCCUUCCCCUGAUCACGAACGAGUGCAAAUGAUAAGCAAACGGCGCGUCACGACCUUUGGACAUCCCGCUGACGCAUCUGCUAUAUCCGUCGGUGCAUUUGUUGCUUCUGUCGUUUUCUUCGUUUGCUCAUUCGUAUUUUCUCUGGCAAGUACGUUAUUCUUUCGUCGCAUCGCUCGCACGUAUCUGGAAGGAUGUCACAAUCUGAACUAACGGUCACGCGAUGGCAUGAACGGCCUCCAAGAAGCGUACCCCGACGCCCCGCCCCCUCGUUUGUUGUGUUUUCUCCCGCCAGAUUCGCCUCUCGUCUGCUCUGCACCUCAGUGUUCGAGUCUCAGUGCCCGAGGAAGGAUGCUCGUCCCUCUCGCUGCGUUCCUCUCCCUGGGUCUCCUGCUGCUGCCGGGAUGGAGUCACGCCGACGACCAGAGCUCAGCCUCCAGUGAAGAUAUCGCCACCUCGCUCGUUUUUAACCAGGUGGCUCUGGCGCACCUGCUGGAGAAGGCGGCUGCCAAAGACGAGAAGAUGACGACUUCGAUUCAAAACAACACAGACACAGUCGUCAGUAUGCUCAAGGCGCUGCAAGAAGAAAUGAGAGCUGGUGCUGUGGCCGAAGUGAAGGAAGCCAUUGUGCAGCACGAUAGGAGUUUGCAAGAAGCUGUGUCAGCUUUCACAGACGAGAAAGAUGCACUUCUGGCGGAGUUGAAGGAAGCUCAAGAGAGUAAGCUACAAACUGCAAUAUCAGAUCUGGAAACCGGCAUGGCGGCUGAAUUCAAGGGAGUCUUGGCUUCACAGGAGAGUAAACUUCAAGGUGCAAUUUCGGACCUGAAAGCCGGAGUUGUGGCCGAACUAAUGGAAGCCUUCGCAACUCAGACGAGAAAUCUUAAGGGUGCUGUUUCAGAUGACGUGCGGGAGAUCUUGAUGGAACAGCGUAUCCAGGCAGAUUUACAUCACCAGCAGACUGUGACUCACCUGAACGACACGGUACAUGAGCUGCAGAGUCAGAUUCAAGAGCGUGAAAGAACGCUGAACGAAACUAUAGAGAGAGCUCAGCAGGCUCAGAACAAGGCGCAGCAGCAGGCACAGCUGAUACAGCAGUACGAGACCAUUCUGCAGCGGCAUAAUGACACGUUGCAGGAACAAAACAACACCCUGGAACUGCAGAACAUCGAAAUGCAACAAAUGGAAACCGAUUUGCAAAAUCUGGAAAUCCAGCUACAGGAGACAACACUCGAAUUAAACAGCAUCAUUGAAGAACGUGAGAAUAUCCUCAACGAGACUUUAGACAAAAUGCAGCAAGUGCAUAACAAAUUACAGCAAAAGUCGCUAUUGAUACAGCAUUACGAGAGGACGCUGGAACAACACAAUGAGACUUUGCUCGAACAGAACGACGCGCUCCAACUGCAAAGCGACGAAAUACAAGAAAAGGAAAAGAAUAUACAGAACCUGGAAGCCAAAUUACAACAGAAAAUAGGGGAAUUAACCAGUAUUAUCCAAGAACGUGAAAGCAGACUGAACGAGACGGCAAAGAAAUUCCAGCAGUCCCAGAAUAAGAUCAAGCAGCAGUCACUGUUCAUCCACCUCUUCGAAGUCACGCUGCAGCAACACAACGAAACGCUACACGAACAGAACGAUUCGCUCCGGUUGAAAAGCGACGAAAUACAAGAAAAGAAAAAGAUAAUACAGGAACUCGACACCAAGCUACAGCAGCAAGAACAAACCAUACAGGACUUGGAACUAACGCGACAGAGUCAGAAGGAGGUCAUCCUCGAGCAAAAGGGGUUCAUCGACUCCAAAACCGCGAGACUCAAGGAGCAGCAAGGGAUACUGCAACAGAGGCAGCAGACAAUCCGUCAGCAAGAAGAGAAGAUUGAGCAACUCUCGGAAACCGUGCAGCAGAUGGAAGAGAAAUUGCAACAGCAUACAGAUAGCAAGCUGCAGUUGGAGGAGGAAUUACUGAGUGCACAGCUGAUCAUAGAUGAACAAAACCAGAAAAUCACGGAACAGGAGAACAUGCUGACACUGAAGGAAAGCGAAAUAUUUCAACUGGGGGAGAUAAUUAGCAAUAUGUCCUAUCAAGAUGCAAGAAAGCCCCAAGAUUGCGCCGACCUCCAUAUGCAAGGCAAGAAAAAAAGCGGCAAGUAUACCAUUUAUCCUAAAACGGAAAAUGAGAGUGUGGAGGUGUGGUGCAACAUGAAUGAGGACGGACCCUGGACAUCCAUACUCGUCCGAUCUGACGAAUUUCUCCAUCAGAAUUUCACAAGAUCUUGGGAGCAGUAUAAAAACGGCUUUGGUGACCCCUCCGCCGAGUACUGGUUGGGUCUUGAGGCCCUUCACUCCAUCACGGCUCGAGCUCCACAGGUAUUGCAGGUGACGAUGGAGGACUACCAGGGGAAUGUUUACAUUGGUGGCCUAAAAAGCUUCUUUGUAGAUGACGAAGACUCUGGGUAUCGACUUAGCAUGAACGGCAGCCAUGGAGCAGGGGAUUCUAUGCUUUCAAAUAAUGGCCAAAAGUUUAGCUCCGUUGACAGGGACAACGACGCCUUUCCCUUCGUCAACUGCGCUGAAUACUUCGGAGGAGGAGGCUGGUGGUAUGCCGGGUGCUCGGCCAUCAACCCAACCGGACCGCUGACGUCGAGGACAAGGCCUGCCAUGCACUGGGUUAUUUACGAACCAUCGCCUCAGUUCGUUCGCCUCAGCAAGCUCGUCCUGAAGAUACAGCCGUAUGACUUCAACUUUUAGCGAGGAAUAGACUGAAGACAAGGCUCGAGAGUCGAUGUGUUGUGGGGUGGUUUGGAAGUUUAAUGGUCUGUAUAUUGUGGGAGGGAGUUAAGAUAUGAAAAGGCUGUGUACAUAACGCGAUUUUUUAUCAUGUGGUAUUUACAGUGACGAAAGGUGCUAGCCAGUGCGAUACAUUUUUUCUUCGUUCGCGUUGUCUUUAGAUCCAACAUUGCUACUGAAUUGAGAAUAAACUCGCAUUAAGUAAGGUUCUCAGGAUUAUGAUCUGUUCUUCAUAUUCUUCUGAAAACCAUACGUUUGUAUCAUCACCUUAAUGGCUCGAAAACGUUAUUUAUAUCUUUGUUUCCUACCCAGUCAAAAGCUUAAAAAUAAUAUGAUAAAGCAGUAAUGUCAAAUUAUAUGUAGAUCACAAUCGCAAAUUGCAAUGAAUAAAAGAUCAGUUAAGUAUUUAUCUGCAAAAGACGAUACGCUGAUGUGGAA